AUGCCCUACCUGCUUGUGGCCGUUGCCCUUGUGGCGGCCGUUUAUGUCUUGGUGCGCUGGAAUGCCACCGACGUCCCCAAGAUCAAGGGGCUCCCCGAGAUUCCCGGGAUUCCCAUCUUUGGCAACCUUGUGCAACUGGGAACAGACCAUGCCCGUGUAGCCCAGAAAUGGGCCCGCAAGUACGGGCCCGUCUUCCAGACACGUCUCGGCAACAAGCGCGUCAUCUUUGUCAAUUCGUACGACGCGGUCAAGUACUUCUGGAUCACCCACCAGUCCGCCCUCAUCUCCCGCCCGACCUUCCAUACCUUCCACUCCGUCGUCUCGACAUCCCAGGGCUUCACCAUUGGUACCUCGCCGUGGGACGAGUCGUGCAAGCGCCGACGCAAGGCGGCCGCCACGGCCCUCAACCGGCCGUCGACCGAGUCUUACAUGCCCAUCCUGGACCUCGAGUCCACCGUCAGCAUCAAGGAGCUGCUUCAAGACUGCAAAGGCGGCGCCCAAGAUGUUGAUCCCAACCCUUACAUGCAGCGCUUUGCCCUCAACACGUCCCUGACCCUCAACUACGGAUCUCGCAUCGACGGGAGCGUCGACAGCGAGCUCCUCAGGGAGAUUACGCAUGUUGAGCGCGAGAUUUCUACCCUGCGGUCGACAAGCAAUAAUUGGCAGGACUAUGUCCCGUUGCUGCGUCUCUGGGGCGCCCAGAACUCGGCAGCCACCGAGUACCGGGUCCGGAGGGACAAGUAUCUGACGGACAUGCUUGAUGACUUGCAGGACCGCAUCGCAAAGGGCUUGGACAAGCCUUGUAUCACAGGCAACGUUCUCAAAGACCCGGAGGCGAAGCUCAAUCUAGAAGCAACGACAGCCGAAGUCAAGUCCAUCUGCCUCACCAUGGUGUCGGCUGGGCUGGACACGGUUCCGGGCAAUCUGAUCAUGGGCAUGGCCUUUCUCUCCACCGACGAGGGCCAAGCAGUGCAAGCCAAGGCCCUCGACGCCAUCCACGAGGUAUAUCCAAACGGCGAGGCCUGGGACAGGUGCCUGGCCGAGGAGAAGGUGCCCUACAUCACGGCUCUGGUCAAGGAGACGCUCCGUUACUGGACCGUCAUCCCCAUUUGCCUGCCGCGAGCGAGCAUCAAGGACAUUUCCUACGAGGGCGCCGUCAUCCCCGCAGGGACUACCUUCUUCAUGAACGCCUACGCGGCCGACUACGACGAGGCGCGCUUCAAGAUGCCCGAUCGCUUUCUCCCCGAACGCUUCCUCGACGACCAGGAGACGGGCACGCCGCACUACGGUUACGGCGCGGGAUCACGCAUGUGCGCCGGGUCGCAUCUGGCGAACCGCGAGCUGUACACGGCCUACAUCCGACUCAUCACGGCGUUUGAGCUCCGGCCGGCCCGGGACCCUGCCGACGCGCCCGUCAUGGACGCUAUCGAAUGCAACGGCGCGCCCACGUCCCUGACGACUGACCCGAAGCCAUUCAAGAUUGGACUGAAGCCCCGCAACCAGGCGCAACUGAGAGAGUGGAUCGCAACCGCGGAGGAGCGGACGAAGGACUUGUAG